CGCCUAUCCAAAUGUCACAAAAGAAAAAUGAAAAAAUGGUGAUUUGCACAAAAUUUUUUUAACAAAAAAAGUCGAUUCUUCAUCACCGUGACCAUUCCGGCAAAAAUUAUUACAAAAAUAUAAAGAUAAACUUGCAAACUUAAUCUACAAAUUUAACUUUGAAAUAAAUUUGAUUUCUUUGUGAACCCGAAAUUAUAAGAAAGACCACAAAAAAUGAGUCUCACAUCUGCAGCUGGGAUUAUAUCCCUUCUGGACGAACAAAUGCCUGAUUUGAAGGUUUUUGCUUUAAAAAAACUCGACAAUAUUGUCGAUGAAUUUUGGCCAGAAAUUUCCGAGUCAAUUGAAAAGAUCGAAAUGCUUCAUGAAGAUCGUGCAUUUCCCGAAAACAAAUUGGCUGGCAUUGUUGCAUCCAAAGUCUUUUAUCAUUUGGGUUCAUUUGAAGAUGCUCUAACUUAUGCUCUCGGAGCUGGUGACUUAUUCGAUGUAAAUGCCCGAAAUGAGUACACUGAAACUAUCAUAGCCAAAUGCAUUGAUUUCUAUAUCGCCCAAAGAGUGGCAUUCAUUGAAAAUCCCAAAGAAGCCAAGCCCGUUGAUAGUCGUCUUGAAGGAAUUGUCAAUCGCAUGAUUCAACGUUGCUUAGAUGACGGACAAUUCCGUCAGGCAUUAGGAAUCGCUCUCGAAACACGUCGCAUGGACAUUUUUGAAGCUUCCAUCAUGAAGUCUGAUGACGUGGCUGGAAUGUUGGCAUACGCUUACAAUGUGACCAUGUCUUUAAUUCAAAAUCGUGGUUUCCGCAAUGAAGUUUUGCGUUGUUUAGUUGGAUUGUACAGCGAUUUGGGUGUUCCAGAUUACGUUAACAUGUGUCAAUGUUUGAUUUUCCUUGAAGACCCUCUUGCAGUUGCAGAAGUGUUGGAUAAAUUAACUCGCACUUCAGUUGAGAGCAAUAACUUGAUGGCUUAUCAAAUUGCUUUCGAUUUGUAUGAAUCUGCUACUCAAGAGUUUUUGGGAAAAGUACUUCAAGCUUUGAAGGAAACUGCUCCAAUUCCAGCUGCUUUGCCAAGUACAUUUAAGCCACAAGGUACUUCUAGUGAGGACUCAAAAACUGAUGAAGAAAAGGCAAAGUCUGCUGAAGAGGCACCAGCUAAGCCAACAGUAGAGGAUAGUGAAGGUGAUGCUAAAAUUGAACGCACCAUCGAUUCACUCAACGAUUCUGAGAAGGCUCAUCAAAAGAACGUUGAAAAGCUGAUCUCAAUUUUGUCUGGUGAAGUUACAAUUGACUUGCAACUUCAAUUCUUGAUUCGCAGCAAUCAUGCUGAUUUGCAAAUUCUUCGUGGAACCAAGGAAGCCGUGCGUGUAUCAAUUUGCCAUACAGCCACAGUUAUAGCUAAUGCAUUUAUGCACGCUGGUACAACUAGUGAUCAAUUCUUGCGAGAUAAUUUAGACUGGUUGGCAAGAGCCACCAAUUGGGCCAAGCUAACAGCCACAGCUUCGUUGGGUGUCAUUCAUCGUGGUCACGAAAAAGACUCGUUGGCUUUGAUGCAAAGUUAUCUACCCAAGGAAGCUGGACCAAGUUCUGGAUACUCUGAGGGUGGUGGUUUGUAUGCCCUUGGUCUUAUUCAUGCCAAUCAUGGUGCGAAUAUUAUUGACUAUCUUCUACAACAACUUAAAGAUGCACAAAAUGAGAAUGUUCGUCAUGGAGGUUGUCUCGGUUUGGGAUUGGCUGCAAUGGGAACUCAUCGUCAAGAUUUAUAUGAACAAUUGAAAUUCAAUUUGUACCAAGACGAUGCAGUAACUGGAGAAGCAGCUGGUAUUGCCAUGGGAAUGGUUAUGCUUGGCUCCAAAAAUGCUCAAUCUAUUGAGGAUAUGGUUUCUUAUGCUCAGGAAACUCAGCACGAGAAAAUCUUACGAGGAUUAGCUGUUGGUAUUUCUUUGACUAUGUUUGCUCGCUUGGAAGAAGCCGAUCCUUUGGUCACCAGCUUGUCAACUGACAAGGAUCCUGUUCUCCGUCGAUCUGGAAUGUACACCAUUGCUAUGGCUUACAAUGGAAGUGGCAGCAACAAGGCCAUCCGCCGUUUGUUGCACGUUGCUGUUUCCGAUGUCAAUGACGAUGUUCGUCGUGCUGCCGUUACUGCUAUUGGUUUCAUCUUGUUCCGCACCCCCGAGCAGUGUCCAUCUGUGGUCAGUCUUUUGGCUGAAUCUUAUAAUCCCCAUGUCCGUUACGGAGCAGCUAUGGCUUUGGGUAUUGCUUGUGCUGGCACUGGUUUAAGGGAAGCCAUCGCCCUUCUCGAACCAAUGGUUAAAUUCGAUCCUGUUAACUUCGUCCGUCAAGGAGCCCUCAUCGCUUCGGCUAUGAUUCUUAUUCAACAUACCGAUCAAACUUGCCCCAAGACCAAUUUCUUCCGUCAAUUGUAUUCGGAGGUGAUUAGCAACAAACAUGAAGAUGUGAUGGCCAAAUAUGGAGCUAUUCUUGCCCAAGGUAUCAUCGAUGCUGGAGGUCGCAAUGCCACUUUAAGUCUUCAGUCUCGCACAGGUCAUACUAAUCUUCAAGCUGUCGUCGGAAUGCUCGUAUUCACUCAGUACUGGUAUUGGUUCCCAUUGGCUCAUUCCCUUUGCUUGGCAUUCACUCCAACUUGUGUAAUUGGUUUGAAUUCCGAGUUGAAAAUGCCAAAGAUGGAAUUCCGUUCAAAUGCAAAGCCGUCACUUUAUGCAUAUCCAGCUGCUUUGGAAGAGAAGAAAUCCGAAGAACGCGAAAAGGUUGCCACUGCAGUUUUGUCUAUUGCCGCUCGUCAAAAGCGUCGUGAAACAGCCGACAAAAAGGAGGAAGAUAAUAAAAUGGAUGUUGAUGAGGACACCACUAAAGCUACAACAUCGGUAAAGAAGGAAGAUGCUCCUGCUGAGAAAGAAGAAACUAAAGAAACCACUAGCGCUACUGACGACAAGAAAAAGAAGGAUGAGAAAGAAUCGAAGAAGAAGGAAGAAGAUGCAAAGGAAUCAAAAGAAAGCAAGGAUAGUAAAGAUGCCAAGGACAAAGAAGAGAAAAAGGAGAAAAAAGAACCCGAACCAAACUUUGAGAUAUUGCAAAAUCCAGCUCGUGUUAUGCGCCAACAACUUAAGGUACUGAGUGUUCCCGAGGGACAAACAUUUACAGCUCUAAAGGAUGUGACUAUUGGUGGAAUAAUUGUAAUGCAACAUACCGGCAAGGCAGAUCAGGAACUGGUUGAACCAGUUGCAGCUUAUGGUCCUAAGAAUGACGAUGCCAAGGAACCUGAGCCACCAGAGCCAUUCGAGUAUAUUGAAGAUUAAAUUUAAAUAAAAUAUUGAAUUGUUCUACAUACUAAAGCAUUGAUAUCCGUAGAUUAUUAAGCAAACUUAAUCACGUAUAACUAAUAUUUUUUUCUGUUUUGCUUUCCAAAAUAAAAUAUCAAAAUAAAUAUAAAAAAAACUUGUCAAUU